ACCGCAAUUUCUAUUGCAUUGACGCUGUUAUUUGUGUUAGUUUUGUGUGCCUUGUUGUCUGUGCUUUGUGACGCACCAAUUCAGUGCAUUUUUCAGCAAGGAAAAUUGUGAUAUUGCAGGUCAGGAGGAUGACUGCUCUAGUGUACUGUUCAUUGAUUGCGGUUUUGUGUCUUUGUGGAUACUUAAAUGCAACAGAUGUUACUCCAGGACGAACUGCAGUAAAGCCAGGAGAGUGUCCACCCCAAACACCUGGAAGCUCCUGUACCAGGUUAUGUGACUGUGACUCUAGCUGUCCUGACAAUGAGAAGUGUUGCAGCAAUGGAUGUGGACGUUCCUGUACAUCUCCUUAUACAGUGAAGCCUGGUCAAUGUCCCAAAACGAAGAGCGUUCCAGGAUGUGCUGAAAGCUGUUUCCAUGAUGGCCAGUGUCCUGCCGCACAGAAGUGUUGCCCAACCACCUGUGGCCAUGUAUGUAGUGAACCAGAUGAUCAGGAAAGUGAUGAGGCAAGUGGUCAGGGAUACGGAGGUGGUUAUGGACAAGGAAGCGGUCAGGGUUACGGAAGUGGUCAGGGAAGUGGUCAGGGUUAUGGAAGUGGCCAGGGAAGUGGUUACGGCCAGGGAAGUGGUUAUGGCGAGGGACGUGGUCAGGGUUUCGGUAGUGGGCAGGGAAGUGGUUACGGCCAGGGAAGUGGUCAGGGGUACGGAAGUGGUCAGGGAAGGGGGUACGGAAGUGGUCAGGGAAGUGGGUACGGAAGUGGUCAGGGAAGUGGGUAUGGUCAGGGAAGUGGUUACGGAAGUGGUCAGGGAAGUGGGUAUGGUCAGGGUUAUGGAAGUGGCCAGGGAAGUGGGUAUGGUCAGGGAAGUGGUCAGGGUUAUGGAAGGGGACAAGGUCAGGGAAGCGGUCAGGGUCAGGGACAGGGACAAGGUCAGGGACAAGGUCAGGGACAGGGUCAGGGGAGCGGUCAGGGACAGGGUCAGGGGAGCGGACAGGGUCAAGGUCAGGGACAGGGUCAGGGGAGCGGACAGGGACAAGGUCAGGGACAGGGUCAGGGGAGCGGACAGGGACAAGGACAGGGUCAGGGGAGCGGACAGGGACAAGGUCAGGGACAGGGUCAGGGGAGCGGACAGGGACAAGGUCAGGGACAGGGUCAGGGGAGCGGACAGGGACAAGGACAGGGUCAGGGGAGCGGACAGGGACAAGGUCAAGGACAGGGUCAGGGGAGCGGACAGGGUCAAGGUCAGGGACAGGGUCAGGGGAGCGGACAGGGUCAAGGUCAAGGACAGGGUCAGGGGAGCGGACAGGGUCAGGGACAGGGACAGGGUCAGGGACAGGGUCAGGGGAGCGGACAGGGUCAAGGUCAGGGACAGGGUCAGGGGAGCGGACAGGGACAAGGUCAAGGACAGGGUCAGGGGAGCGGACAGGGACAAGGUCAGGGACAGGGUCAGGGGAGCGGACAGGGACAAGGACAGGGUCAGGGGAGCGGACAGGGACAAGGUCAGGGACAGGGUCAGGGGAGCGGACAGGGACAAGGUCAGGGAAGCGGACAGGGACAAGGUCAGGGAGGUGCUUGGGGAAAUGUUCGGGCACGUGGUCCCAGUCAGGGAUGUGGUCGGGCACAUUAAUACGUGGGCUUUUUUGCAUGGAUACUUGUUGGAAUCUUUCAAUUCAGUGCUCUUAUUCAUGGAUUCCUCCACCCCGUUUAAAUGGUUCAGAAAGAUUUGUCACCAUUCCUCAAAUAAACAUGCUUGAUUGCAGA